GAUGACAACCUGCACCAACUCACCUUUUUGCGUCCCUCUCCAGUGUCCACUCCACUUGAAGAAAAAGUCAAGAGUGAAACAAAACAAAAAAAGUUUCAUUUGGCUAGCAGGAAAGCGUCGAGACAUCAGUGACAGACUUUGCUAUAAAGUUAUGUAGAAAUCCACGCCUGGACGCACUUUUUGGACGGGCUUCUCCUAAGUGGUCAUUUUAUCAUCCCCUUUACCCUAUCUCACCCCACCCGUGGGACAAUAUGAGCUCCUCCGUGGCAGUGUACCGGAGCAUCUUCACCGAGGACCGCUUCAAACAGGCCUACGGCUCCGAGGAGGACAACACAAGUGGAAGCGUGAGUUUGCGGGACAAGCUGGCGGCGAGGUGCAGGUGUUCACGGCGGUCCUGCCUUCACCUGCUCGGGCAGAGAGUUCCCAUUUUCAACUGGCUGCCGGGGUACCGCUUUAAGAAAUGUUUCUUGGGAGACACUAUCGCUGGUCUUACAGUUGGCAUUCUUCACAUCCCACAAGGGAUGGCUUUUGCACUACUCACUUCUGUAGCACCGAUAUUUGGUCUCUACACGUCCUUCUUCCCUGUGGUUAUCUAUAUGAUUUUUGGCACUGGUCGCCACGUAUCCACAGGUACAUUUGCUGUUGUGAGUCUCAUGACUGGCUCUAUCGUGGAGCAGCUGGUCCCAUCAUCUCCGGAGCUGAACAUAAGUUCACUCGACGGUUCUGACUUUGAGCUACAGAGGAUCGGCGUGGCCUCAGCUGUAGCGCUUCUUUCAGGAAUAAUCAUGCUAUGUAUGUUUGGUCUUCAGUUGGGCUUCCUUUCCACCUAUCUGUCUGAGCCUAUUGUAAAGGCUUUCACCAGUGCGGCUGCCUUCCAUGUUACCAGCUCGCAGCUACAGAGCAUGCUGGGCUUGCGCCUCUCUCGCUACACGGGGACGUUCUCCCUUUUCAAGACUUUAGCAUCUGUGAUGGAGAACCUCCCUCAGACUAACAUGGCGGAGCUACUGAUCUCCUUAGUGUGUUUAGCGGUGCUGGUUCCGGUAAAAGAGAUCAACACGCGCUAUCGGCAGCGCCUGCGCACGCCAAUCCCCGUGGAGAUCCUCACGGUGAUUAUUGCCACCAGCGUGGCCUAUGCUUUCUCUCUGGACUCUAAUUAUGACAUUGAGAUUGUUGGCCACAUUCCAGCAGGAUUUCCAAGACCUCAACUGCCUGCCAUACACACAUUUCCUGACAUUGCUGGGGACACCGUUGCCAUCACAUUUGUUGGUUACGCUGUUUCUGUCUCACUGGCGAUGAUCUAUGCAGACAAACAUGGAUAUUCCAUCAACCCCAACCAGGAGUUGUUGGCUCAUGGUAUCUCCAACACUGUGUCCUCCUUUUUCACCUGCUUCCCAAGUUCGGCCACUCUGGCCACCACAAACAUACUGGAAAGUGCAGGGGGAUACACACAGUUUUCCGGCUUGUUCACCAGUCUUGUUGUAUUAAUGGUUCUGCUGCUCAUUGGACCGCUUUUCCAAUUCCUACCUAAGGCGGUACUGGCAUGCAUCAACGUUACCAGCCUAAGGCAAAUGUUUCUGCAGUUCCAGGAUUUACCGGAACUGUGGAGAAUCAGCAAAAUUGACUUUAUAGUUUGGGUUGUCACUUGGCUGUCUGUUGUGGUUCUCAAUGUGGAUCUUGGUUUAGCCAUCGGGGUGGUCUUCUCAAUGAUGACCGUAAUCUGUCGCACACAAAGGGCAGGUUGCUCCGUGCUCGGCCGGGCUAGCAACACUGAAAUUUACAGACCCCUGGAGAAUCAUAGUAAGUGCAAUGAGGUGCCAGGGAUGAAGAUCCUUACGUACAACGGGCCUAUUUACUAUGGCAAUCGUAGCUUCUUUCGGGAGCAGAUGAGCCGCCUGUUGGGCGUGACACCAGAGAUGAUCCGCAGCAAAGAGAAGGCCAGAAAAGCUCUGGAGAAGCGUGAAAGACAAGCUGCUGUUAACACUGUGGAAAGGGGUAUUGCUAAUGCAUCGUUUUCCUCAGAAAAUGAGUUCUUCAAAUCUGAAGCCUCUGAGCGUGAAGCCCAGGCAGUAUUAAUUGACUGCAGCAGCGUGAUAUUUGUUGACGUUGCGGGAGCGAGACUUUUCACUCAGAUGUGCGUUGAAUGCCAGAAAGUUGGAGUUAAUGUCUAUUUGUCCAACUGCAAUGAGAGUGUUUUAAAGAUCCUCACAGCAAGCGGUCUCAUGAACUACAUCAAACCGCAGCAUAUUUUUGUCACCGUACACGAUGCUGUCAUGUACAUUCAUCAACAGAAGGAAAAACAUGCGGAAAGCACCACGACUGUUUGGGUGUGAGACAGACACAAAGUGAUGAAGGGACGUGUUCUUCGAUGAAUUGUUGUGACGCAAAUAAAACGAGCGAGCUUGUUGGCCCAGUAUUGGACGUGUUUCUAAGAAGCAGUAGCCUGUUGUAGCCUUUACAGUGUUACUUAUUUUAUGUAAACAUCAUGCUGGAUUUGAACAAAGAUUAUUUGAAAGAUAUACUAAAAAGUGCACAGGACUGGUUAAAUACUUUUUAUAUUUAUAGAGUGUGUGCAUAAAGAUGAACGUGUACAGGACAUGCUGUGCUUUGGUAUUUGUAACUGGCCUCCUGCGGCUGCUUUUUUUUCAUAACAAAUGUAUCACUAUUCAAAGAUUAUAAGACUAUUUUAUUAAAGGAAGCAA